GUGCCCACGUUUUAGAUCUGUUAUAUCGGGUCACCAUCCAUCCGGUUUUUGGUCGGUUCCAUGUGUCCUGCCUUUGCUUUCUCCUGGUUCUUUCUUCGCGGGGGGAAAAAGAAGCCAAGGAAUCGCUCUUUACAAGGGCGUCAGAUCGAUUUCUCAACUGAUUAUUUCCUCACCGCUUGCCAGGAAGGAAGCAUGGCGUUCGCCUUCUCCACCUUUUUCCUCGUACUUCUCCUGGCCCCCUCUCUCCUCCUCCUCCACCCGUCCGCCGGCGAAUCGUUCGACGUCCGGCAGCACCUCUCCACCGUCACCAGAUACGAUGCUGUAAAAGACUCCAACAAUGCCAAUUUUGUGCCUUCUGCUAUACCAGAUGGAUGCAAAGCAAUCCACUUAAAUCUUGUGGCAAGGCAUGGAACCCGCUCUCCGACUAAAAAACGCAUCAAAGAGUUGGAUCAGCUGGCUAUUCGCUUGGAUACUAUUCUGAAUGAUGCAAGGGGGUCACAAAAAGAUUCUUCCUUGCAGAAGAUUCCAAAGUGGUUAUCAGGGUGGCAGUCCCCUUGGAAAGGAAGACAGAAAGGUGGUGAGCUAACUAGCAAAGGGGAAGAUGAAUUAUACCAUCUAGGACUUAGAGUGAGGGAAAGAUUUCCAGAAUUGUUUGAGGAGGAAUAUCACCCUGAUAUUUACUCAGUAAGGGCAACCCAGGUUCCUCGUGCUUCAGCUAGUGCUGUGGCAUUUGGCAUGGGGCUGUUCUCUGGGAAAGGAAGCCUUGGACCAGGGCGGCAUCGUGCUUUUUCUGUGCUAAGCGAGAGCCGUGCCAGUGACAUUUGUCUACGUUUCUAUGACACUUGUGAAACUUACAAGGAAUUUAGGCGCAGUCAGGAACCUGCUGUUGAAAAGCUCAAAGAACCGAUUUUGGAUGAAAUUACUUCUUCAUUAGUCACUCGUUACCAGCUGAAUUUCACAAGACAGGAUGUUGCCUCUCUUUGGUUUCUUUGCAAACAGGAAGCAUCCUUGUUGGAAAUUACUGAUCAAGCUUGUGGCCUGUUCAGUGCUUAUGAGGUCUCUUUACUUGAGUGGACAGAUGACCUGGAGGUAUUUCUACUAAAAGGUUAUGGCAAAGCCAUUAAUUAUCGCAUGGGAGUGCCAUUACUCCAAGACAUUGUUCAAUCAAUGGAGGAAGCAAUCAUGGCUAAAGAAGAAAACCGCACCCCUGGAAUUUUUGAGAAGGCAAGGCUCCGCUUUGCACAUGCUGAGACAGUUGUGCCUUUGACCUGUCUGCUCGGGCUCUUUCUUGAGGAAUCUGAAUUUGAGCAAAUACAAAGAGAGCAACCCUUAUGCCUGCCUCCAAAGCCUCCUCAGAAAAGAAAUUGGAGGUGCAGUAUUGUGGCACCUUUUUCUGGAAAUAAUGUGUUAGCUUUGUACCAGUGUCCUGGUAAUAAUUCUAGUGACAUCAUGCUGUCUGGAGCUCACAGAAGCAAGUAUUUCGUGCAAGUUCUACACAAUGAAAUCCCAACUCCCCUGCCGGGUUGUGGCGACACAGAUUUUUGCCCAUUCGACGUUUUCAAGGAACGAGUUGUCAACCCCCAUCUAAAGCAUGACUUUCAUUCGGUCUGCAAUGUGAAGUUGGAAUUGCCAGAAGCUAAGAUAGAACAAAUCGAGUCUUGUUCCCUGAUUUGUAAGUUGUCAAAUUUAUUCCGUAGACUUUUCGUUCUGAAAAGAUCGAAUACAUACACCAAAAACCAGAAGACGGAAUUGUGAUCCUACAUUAAUCAUGAUUGGUACUUGCCUUAAAAGAUUUAUUUUUAUCACAUUCACGGAGAUGAUGCAAUUGUUCAAAAUCUGAUGGUUCUCACAAGGGAUCUGCUGGAUGUUACAGGAAGCAGAGAGGCUAUCUAGGAGGAGUAGUUUUAACCGUUCCAGUCCUGAGACAUUCCUUUUUCAAUGUAACUCAAGAUGUAUGAAUGAUUCUACAGCUGUGGGAACUCAAUUUUGUAUAAUGAAGCUACAAACUCUUAUGGUCCUGUCUACACGUGGAUACCCAGUUGGGUGCCAGUAGUGUGUACUGAAAGUAUGCAUUCUGACAUGCAGCUAAUUUUUAUAUUUUACUAUGAUUUUUUCAUAUGUAGUGAGAGAGAGGGGCUACACGUUUUAUGUUAAUUUCUUAGAAAAAGAGAAUUUAAAAUUGAUGGUAUACUAUUGAAACUUAAUAUUGAAAUUGUAGAACAUUACAUACAUUAUAAAAAUGUUUAGAUAUGAAAAUUCAGGUUUCU